UCUUCUUAGCAAAGUAUUCUGCUAUCAGCAGACCGGCAGUUCACUUCUCAUUCUACAACCAUGAUUAGAAACCUCGCUCCACUCGCUCUAAUCAGCUUGAUCAGCUCGAUCACCAGCACUUUACUGCCAUGCGACAGUUUCUUCUGCUCAACUCACGAACUGGUCAUCGAACCAACAGAGCGUGACUACACCCCGGUCGACAUCCGCCAUCGUAACGGCGUCACGGUGCUCAAAUUUGGCCGAGAUCCGGAAGCGGGUCGUGAGUAUCCUGACCUGCUGCCAGGAACAAAAACUUGUGGUAAAUACACGGUGAACAGAAUCCGGGCAGGUCAGCAAGCUGCUUUGCGCGAGUUCCCCUGGAUGGCCAUCAUCCGGUACGAUAAAAUGGUCCAUCCAGGUUGCAUUGGAACGUUGAUCAGCAAGCGUUACGUGCUGACGGCGGCUCAGUGCGCUCGCAGCGAUUGGAAGCCGUACCAGGUGCGACUUGGAGAGCAUACCGUUGGACGGGAUCGGGAUUGCAGCUUGAAGGACGCCAAGGACUGUGCUCCACCGGUUCGGGAUUACGACAUUGAAUCGAUCGUGGAGCACUGGAAUCAUAACGCUAGUGUGAACACCAACGAUACGGCGCUACUCCGGUUGAAGUCGGACGUUACGUUUGAAGAUCACAUCCAACCAAUCUGUCUACCAACAACCACAACCCUCAAGAACAUCAAGCUCGAAAAGUACAUCAUCAGUGGUUGGGGUUGGAACGAGCAUUACAGCACCAACACGGUCCUUCAAAAAGCUACGAUACCCUUGCAAGACAACUCCAAAUGUUGGAUAUCGGGAGCCGCGUUGGACGAGAGUCAUCUUUGCGCCGGGGGCACCACUUCCGGUGGAACUUGUAUGGGAGAUAUCGGGGUGCCGCUGGGAGGUGUUACGAGGAUUGAAGGAAGUGGGCCAAGGUUUGUGCAGUUUGGGAUUGCCUCGCGGGAUAUGCAGUCGUGCGGUGUGCCAGGGACGACGAUCUACACGAAGGUGGCGUACUUUAUGGACUGGAUUCGGGCGAAUAUGGAACCGUAACAACCUCUUAGGGAAUAAAAUGAGGAUUAUUUAUUUAAAGCUUCUC